GAAGCAACCUUCAAGUUCCAGGCAAAUUCACAAAACGAAGGAGGAAGAACAAGUAUCCAAUUCCAAGAACCCAUCUUGUUCAUCAAUUUUAUAAGACAAUUUCUUUUGGCAUCUAAAGAAUAUUGUCAGAUAUGCCAGCUACAGCUAUGGCCUCUCUGAAACACUUCAGGCUUCUCCUCUUUGUUCUGCUUCAUGCCAUUUUCUUGCUUUCUUCACCUGUUCUCUCUGAUGACAAGGACGAAGACAAUGUUCUUCAAGGUCUAAACAGUUACAGAACAUCCUUACGGCUACCGGCACUGACCAAGAAUGAAAACGCAGGAUGUCUAGCAGACGAACUAGCUAACAAACUAGAGAAACAACCAUGUUAUGGAACCACCUCUAUUCAAAUAGACAAUUACUGUGAGCUACUAUCAAAGUGUGACAUUGACAUUAAUAACACUAGAAAUGGUGCAGUCUUGCCUGUUUGCGUGCCCAAAUUAGUUCCAACGCUGGCGCUUACCAAUUAUACACGUACCCAGUAUGCCAAGGACUUAAAUGACUCGAGGUUUACAGGGGCAGGUCUCGGGUCAGAGGAUGAUUGGAUGGUGGUUGUUUUGAGCACCGACACCGCAGGGGGUAACUUUGCCGCCGGAGCGAUCAGCAAUGUGUCUAAGGUUGGUUUUGCUCAUUGUUUGGCAUCUGAGUUAGUUGGGACGCUUGUUUAUGUAUAUAUGCGAGUGUAUUGA